AAAGUACGGUCACCAUAAGUUGGCAACACUGGCCCCGGUCUGAAAUAAGCCAAUUUGUAUUUUAGCCUAUUUAUCUGUGUUAAAAGCCAGUCGGGGAUCAACAGGUGAUUCAUUCAGCAUGCCCACCAUUGGAGUUAAACGGGAUCUGCUCUUCGAGGCGCUCGGCAAGACGUACACCGAUGAUGAGUUCCAGGAGCUGUGCUUCGCCUUCGGACUGGAGCUGGACGAAGUGACCACGGAGAAGCAGAUGCUGACCAAGGAACAGGGCGAUGUGGCAGCGGCGGCCAAUGCCAGCGAGGAGAUCAUCUACAGAAUCGACAUACCCGCCAACCGGUACGAUCUGCUCUGCUUGGAGGGUCUGGUCACGGGUCUGCUGGUGUUCCAGGGAAAACUCAAGCCUCCCAAGUUCCAGUUUGUGGAGCCGGCCAAGAGGCAGGUGCUGAAGAUUGACCCGUCGACGGCGCAGAUUCGUCCGUACGCUGUGGCCGCUGUACUUCGGAACGUGACCUUUACGCAGGCCUCCUACAACAGCUUCAUCGAUCUGCAGGACAAGCUGCACCAGAACAUCUGCCGCAAGCGUACGCUGGUGGCCAUUGGAACCCACGAUCUGGACACCCUACAGGGACCCUUCAGUUACGAGGCUCUGGCGCCGGAACAAAUCAAGUUCAAGCCACUUAAUCAAACCAAGGAGAUGACUGGCAGCGAGCUCAUGGACUUCUAUGCCACGCAUGCGCAGCUGAAGCAAUAUCUGCCCAUCAUUCGGGAAUCACCGGUUUAUCCAGUGAUCUACGAUGCCAACCGUGUGGUGCUUUCACUGCCGCCCAUAAUCAACGGUGAUCAUUCCAAGAUCUCGCUGAAGACCAAGAACGUGUUCAUCGAGUGCACGGCCACGGAUAGAACGAAGGCAAAGGUGGUGCUGGACACCAUUGUGUGCCUCUUCUCCGAGCACUGCGCCCAGAAGUUUACCGUGGAGCCGUGCGAUGUGGUGCAGCCCGAUGGCAGUGUGAUUUCCUACCCGGAACUGGAGGUGCGCGAGGAGCGGAUAUCGGUAAAGCGCGCCAAUGCCUAUAUUGGCAUCGACGAGCCGGCGGAAAAGCUCGCAGAUAUGCUGACGCGCAUGUAUCUGGAGGCCAAGGUCGAUGGCGACUCGCUGGUGGUUAAGAUCCCACCUACGCGGCACGACGUGAUCCAUGCGUGCGACAUCUACGAGGACGUGGCCAUUGCCUAUGGCUACAACAACAUCAAGAAGUCCCUGCCUGCAUUCAUGCAAAUAGCCAAGCAAUUCCCACUGAACAAACUGACCGAACAACUCCGCGAACAGGUGGCCCAGGCUGGUUUCACCGAGGCGCUGACAUUCACGCUCUGCUCUCGCGAUGACAUUGGACGCAAGCUCAACAAGAACAUCGACGCCCUGCCGGCCGUGCACAUCGGUAAUCCUAAGACGCUGGAGUUCCAAGUAGUGCGCACGACACUAUUGCCCGGUCUGCUGAAGACUCUGGUGGCGAACCGCAAGAUGCCGCUGCCCCUGAAGCUCUUCGAGAUCAGCGACGUGGUGGUUGCCGACGAGAGCACUGAAGUUGGUGCCCGCAAUGAGCGAAGGGUGUGUGCCGUAAACUGCAACAAGACCGCUGGCUUCGAGGUGGUUCACGGCCUGCUGGAUCGCGUGAUGCAACUGCUCUCUGUGCCCUGGAAAACGGCCAGUGGGUCCAAGGGAUAUUACCUUCAAGCUACCGAGGAUCCCAGCUAUUUCCCUGGUCGGUGUGCUAAUGUGAUGUACGAUGGGGUUGUCAUCGGCAAGAUUGGUGUCUUGCAUCCCACAGUGCUGCAGGCCUUCGAGCUAACCACGCCCUGCUCGGCGGUGGAGUUCACCAUUGAGCCUUUCGUCUAGAAGAUUGAAGCUAUUUACGAAUGUUUAACAUUGUCUAAAAGUUCACAAAUAAACGAUCACAAAAUAAAUUAAAUAAAAGCAAUAUCCCAAUCCAUUUUAAACGAAA